AUGAGACUGCAUCAUCAGGGUUGGUGCCCUGCUGUAUUGAAUUCUCUACAGAUUUGUAUGCCCAAGCACACAUAUGUGUAUACUUAUCCACAUUAUGAUGAUUUGAGUGCAAUGGGCUCUGACAUAAAGAAGGAGGAAAUGGAACAGCUUGUCAUACAGCUUAUACUCAACCGUGUUUUUAAAGAAGAAUUUCAGCAUACAGCCUAUUCUACAAAUGCUUAUGUGACAAUAGGUCCAUUGGCAAAGCAGGUACUGCAAGGAAAGAAGAUUGUUAAGCUUGAGAUCUCUAGCAAACAGAAGAAUAGGUACGGCAACAUGAAAUCAGCAAAACGCAACCUCACAUUUUCUGGAUUCGAGUUGAAGCUUGAUGAGUUGCGGAAGGAACUCUCUUCAAGUCAUGGUGGAAUAUUUCCCCAUUCUGUCUUGUCUAGGCAGCAGAUGAGUAUGAUCAGUUCCCAGAAACCAAAUUCGGCUCAAGAGGCAAGUUCUUGCCAUGUUUAUAUGUUACUGAGUAGCUACCCUUGGCAUGGAGCUGGUUGGAAUCAUAUUCCAUUGGAGAAGAUAAUUGGAAAGCUGAAGACAGAAAAGUAUGGGAGUAGAAUUCUUGAUGAGAUCAAGAAGUACACCCCCUCUGAGCCACCCGACAAUAGCACGUUGAAUCAGGAAGAAGGAAGUGAGAAUAGAGCUAGCAAGAGGCUGAAGACGAAUAAGGGUCUUGUCGUUAUUGAGAGCAGUGAUGAGGAAUCAUCAUAA